AUGGUAGUAUGGGACCAUUUGGAGGUAAGCAAAGCGCAUGUCGCAUACGCCUGCGUCGGUGUUUUCUCCUCUAUUUUUUCACUGGUAUCUCUUUUUGUUAAAGAGAGGCUUUACAUUGGCGAGUCGACUAUGGCCGCCAUUUUUGGGCUUAUUGUGGGCCCGCAUUGUUUAAAUUGGUUCAAUCCAUUGACGUGGGGAAACUCAGAUUCCAUCACACUGGAAAUCACAAGAAUCGUUCUGUGUCUUCAAAUUUUUGCGGUAGCAGUUGAGCUACCAAAAAAGUACAUGUUGAAACACUGGCUGUCCAUCUCGAUGCUUCUGCUCCCCGUGAUGACUGCUGGAUGGCUUCUUAUAGCACUUUUCGUAUGGAUUUUGAUUCCUGGCUUAGAUUUUGCUGCUUCUCUGCUUAUUGCCGCUUGCGUUACAGCAACAGAUCCUAUCUUGGCCCAAUCUGUUGUUUCAGGUAAGUUUGCGCAAAGAGUGCCAGGUCAUUUGAGGAAUUUACUUUCCGCUGAAAGUGGCUGCAACGAUGGUAUGGCUUUCCCAUUUAUUUAUCUCUCGUUGUACCUCAUCGUUCAUCAUGGAAAUGGUGGAGAAAUCGUAAAAGAGUGGAUCUGCAUAACGAUUCUAUAUGAAUGUAUCUUCGGAUGCAUUUUAGGUUGCGUAAUCGGUUACACCGGCCGGCGUGCGAUCCGGUUUGCGGAAGAGAAAAAGCUUAUUGAUCGAGAGUCGUUUUUAGCCUUUUAUGUCGUCCUUGCAUUUAUGUGUGCGGGCUUUGGAUCCAUUCUCGGCGUUGAUGAUCUUCUAGUUUCGUUCGCCGCUGGCUCUGCUUUUGCGUGGGAUGGUUGGUUCUCUAAACGCACAGAAGAAAGUAAGGUUUCGACAGUCAUUGAUCUACUAUUAAAUUUGGCAUAUUUUGUUUAUUUUGGUGCAAUAAUUCCAUGGCAACAGUUCAACGACCCGGAAAUAGGGACUAACGUUUGGAGGCUUAUCAUUCUAGCUUUUGUGGUAAUAGGGCUUAGAAGAAUUCCAGCGGUUUUGGUGAUCAAACCUUUCGUUCCGGAUAUCAAGUCUUGGAGAGAGGCGAUUUUCGUUGGUCAUUUUGGUCCGAUUGGUGUUGGUGCUGUGUUCGCGGCUAUCUUGGCCAGAUCUGAACUUGAGGCUAGCGUCACUGGUGAGGAGACUCCUCUUAAAGAGUUGCCAGCAAAAGGUACGAAAUACUGGCAAUUAAUUUCCUGCAUUUGGCCCAUUACAUGCUUUUUUAUUGUCACGUCGAUUAUCGUUCAUGGCUCAUCAGUCGCUGUUAUUACAUUGGGAAGGCAUCUGAAUACCAUCACAUUAACGAAAACCUUUACUACGCAUACCACAAAUGGCAAAGGAACUUCGUGGAUGCAGAGAUUACCCUCUUUAGAGAAGUCAGGCCGUUCAUUUUCAUUACAGCGAAUUGAUACUAAAGCCCCAUCCAAUUCUAUUUCGAGGCAGAGUACCAUAGGAAAUAAUGGUAAAAUGGCAAGGCCAGCCGGAGGAAUGGCGAGGCGUAAAAAUAAACUCAAGAAAAGGGGCAGAGAUCUCUUCAAGGGACGGGAGCGUGAUCCUGAAUCGGCGUUGGAUAAGGCAAAUGAUAGUGAAAGAAUUCAAAGGGAGAAAGAGGCACAGGCUGCUGCUUUCGCUUUGAGCUCUCAAUUGCGGGAAGACGAGAAUUAUGGGGAGAGUGAACUCGAUGACAGUGGCAAGUCAGAAAAUCGCGACAUGCAAAUUCAGGAAACAGUUAAUGUUAUGGAUAGAUCGGAAGCAUCACAGGCCAUUAGCCAUCUCGAUGCACUUGCCUCGAAUACGUCCACACCUGAUCCAGAGUCAGUUGAAAGCCGGCUUGGGAAGACCUCAAGACUAUCUCCUCAACCUACUUUUGCAGAAGAUCGUGUACCUUUUCCGGCUGGUGGUACUACAUCUUCGUCUAAUGAAUAUUACGAUGAAGAUAAGAUAGAAAGAAGUAAUUCCACUACUGACAGCUAUGUUAGAAAGUUUGAUCAUUUGAAAGGUGAAAUGGAGAAGAAAGCUGAACAGGAAGAGGGCGCAAUCGCAUAUGCCGAAGGCAACAAGAUAUUGAUAGAAAACCGUCAAGGCGAAAUCAUCGACCAAGCUACGCUCAACCAUGGUCCGAAGGACGAAGAGGAGUCACUCGGGUCCGGUUUAUCAUCACAGUUGAGCAGGCGUUCCAGUCAGACGGCCAAUACGCUGAAAAAGUUUUUAACCCCGCCAGGAGCAAGGAAAAGUACAUUAAUCGAUGAACAAAAUCACAACAGAUAUUUUGCAUACAAGAUAGACAACGAAUUGAUAAUCGAAAACGAAGACGGAGAUGUCUUGAGGCGUUACAGAAUCAACACCCACGAGUCGACUGCAAACGACUCUAAGCAAAAGGGUGGCAACAGUGGAGUUGUCGCCAAGGCGUUAUCGGCGGUCGGACUUUCGAGAAAAUCUGCUGCGCCAGAUACUGGCGGCGAAAAAGGCAUUGAACCGCUGGGACUUUCUAAACUCAAAGACCGAAAACUCACACCUGCUCCUACUCAAGGUAAUCUUGCUCCAGUAGAAUCCGAGCAUGAGUCGGAGGAAGAACAAGGAACGGAUAGCGAUUGGGAUUCGGACGGAGAUGAAAUUUAUGAGUCUGAAAAUGAGGACUCGGACUCCAAUGAUGAGCCGGAGACUGCAGUUGAGAGAGCUCGUCGACUUACGGCAUUAGGGCAUGUUUCGGCUCCCAGACGUGAAGAUGAUGAGGAAGAAUCGCCGCCAGUUACGUUUGCAAUGCCAGAGAGCCCGAAGAAAGAGAGGGACUCGACAGUUGGUGGCGUAAAGGCCGCGCUAGAACGCACAUUACACAAGUGA